AUACAACUUACGGGUUUGAAUAAAAUUUCGCUUCAAAGUUUCAGACUUUUUGUCUUCCUUUCGAAAAUCAAUUUUAAUAAAUAAUAAAAGCAAGCUGCCUUGGGAUGAGCAAAAGCCCACCUUAGCCUUCUGCUGACAUCACUAUUUCCAUCGUCUCCUUUGGAGGAGAAGGUCACUAUGGCGUACAAAGAGCAGAACCCAGCAGGGAUUGCUCAACCCACAACUGAGGGUCAGCAAGAUGCUGGGGAUGAGCCCCCCAGGCAAAGCUCUACACCGUCGGUGUUUGUGAAUUCCGAACCAAUGAGGGAGGAACAAGUGCAAAAUGCUGUUAAAUUCCUUUCGCACCCGAAAGUUAGGGGCUCUCCUGUUGUUUACAGACGGUCUUUUCUCGAGAAGAAGGGGCUCACAAAAGAAGAGAUUGACGAAGCGUUUCGGCGUGUGCCUGACCCACCUUCAGGAAAUCAAGCAGAUGGACAGGUGAAGACAUCGUCAAAUGUUCAGGCACAAAAUACAACUCAAACUUUGCAGCCUUCCGCCGCUGCUCCCACUAAAGCAAUUUCCCCUGUGGGUACAUUAACUGGGUAUAGAUUUCACUGGUCUCAUGCCAUUGUUGCUGUAGGAGUACUGACACUUUCUGGUUGUGGAGCAGCUGUACUAAUUAAGAAAUCUCUUAUUCCUAGAUUGAAGGCUUGGAUACGUAAGGUUGUAUUGGAAGAUGAGAAUGAUGUUAAGAAUAAAGUUGACUCGAAACCAAGUUUGGCAGAAGAAGCUGCGGCAGCUGCUAAAACAGCCGCAGCCGCAGCAUCAGAUGUGGCAAAAUUCAGCCAGGAAAUGCUGAAUUCUAAGACUGAAGAAAGGAAAUACUUCGUGGAACUCAUGAGUUUGUUAGAUGUGCAAGUGCAAGAAAUGAAGUCAAUGAGUAAUUCCAUACGGAAAUUGGAAGGAGAAACAAAAGCCUCGAGAACCUCUCUUGUUGAUCAUGAAGACAAUCGCAUUGCUAUCACAAAUUCAAAGCAACAGUAUGUGAAUGGCAAGGCAGAGUAUGACGUGCGCUCAGUGCAAUCUUCCUCAGCUGCUGCAUCUAUGGAACCAGCACCUCAUCCAAAGUCUUACAUGGAUAUCAUGGCCAUGGUACAAAGAGGGGAGAAACCUCCCAAUGUCAAAGACAUUGAUGAUUUUCCCCUGAACCCUAAUCAGCAACUAUCAAAUCCUCGCUUGGUACCUAGGGCUAAGCCUUGGGAAGUUGGUCAGGCCCAAAACAACCCGAGCCAAGUGCUUCAAUCUCAAGUAAGCAGUAGUUUGAAUUCCAGCAUUCAGGACAAUGGGCUCAAUUAUCAGUCAAAAGGUGACAGUACAGUGUCAUGGUGGCAGCAGCAGCAGAAAAAUUCCAGAAUCACCGAGAUAGAAAGUGAAGUCAAUGGAGGGUCGUAUGGUGUACGAACUAGUGAGCAACCAGUUCAGCGUACAUGGGUUCCUCCCCAGCCACCCCCUGUUGCAAUGGCAGUAGCAGCUGAAGCUAUCCGACGGCCAAAACCAUCAGUGCAGAAAGAACAGCUAGGUAACGAUCUGCCCAUUGCACGCCCAUCAGAAGCGACCAAUGGCCCAUCAGAAGCGGCGGAUGAGUUGCAGAGGGUAACAAAAAUAGCUGAAUCUGGAGGUGAAUCGAAGCAAAUCAAUGGAAGUUCACCGCUGAACUCGACUACUGAGAUACAAGAAGAGGAAGUGAGUUAUUAGUAGUAAUGAGUUCAUUUCAUUGAACACCUUAAUCAUCUCAGAUUUCUUCUCCUUCGGAAACCUACCUGAAAAUCUUUCAAAAGUUAACUCAAGAGUUACAAUAGUAAUAUGUGCAUGGAUGAGAUGAGAGAGCAGAAGAUGUUGACGUAUAAAAUAAGUUGCCCAAAGGCUGAACCUAAAGUUCUUUUUCCAAAAGCUGUAUUUUAGGCUUUGGUGGUGGUUACUCUUCUGAUAAAUUUGUUUAUGGAAUAUUAUAAAUAAAUAAAUAAUGUGCAUGUUGGUGGUUAUUUGCA